GCCGGGCCCGCAGGGAGAGUGACACUCAUCAGGCGGCUCCGUCCAGGCGGCGCAAGCAGCUCACAACCGCCAUCCCUCUCGAGAAGCCGUUUGUGGAGAUUAAGAACACACAAAGGAAACAUCUGCUUUUAAGGUUACAGAGGUGCUAAAGCAUGGCUGACUUCGAUCACAAUCUCAGUCUUGCGGAUGCCCUGACAGAACCACCAGCAGAAAUUGAGGAAGAAGUGAAACGAGACUUCAUUGCCACCCUGGAAGCAGAGAAAUUUGAUGAUGUGGUUGGAGAAACAGUGGGUAAAACAGACUAUAUCCCCCUACUGGAUGAUGAUGAUGCAAAGGCUGGGAGCCAGGAACCAAAAAGCAAACCCCACACAGACGGUGGUCAGGUAGAAAGUAUUUCAGCUGUUGGACCAGCAGUGUUAGAGAAUGGUGACCAUGGAAUAGAAGAUGACAGUACAGUAUUCCCAAGAGAGAUCACGGGUGAAAAAAUGUCCUACAAAGAGUUUCUGGAUCGCAACGAGACCUGGGCGAUGGAUGAGAGAGACCUUUGCUUUGACCCACAGUCGAUAUUCAGACCCAUGGAGGGGACAGAGCCCUUCAAGAUGCGCAGAGAGGAUGUCAUGUCUGAUCAUCUGCUACGUCCUUCUGAAAUGGAGACUCGCCUACCAUUCACAGAGCAUUUUGAAGCUUCAGAAGAAGCUCAUGCACCCCAUGCAGCUAUGAUUGUACCUGAACUGCCUUCUCUGGGAUCCCCAUAUUCUCCUGCAGAACUUAUCGAUCCAUCUGCCUUCAUCACCCUGGAUUCAACUACAGAGUCUCUGCUGAAUAUAGCAGCACCUGCAAGAGUGACAGUGCCUGAAGAACAUUGGCUGGGAGCUCAGCAUGCUGUGGAGGGACUAGAUGAAUCUUCCUUUGUAGAGCCACCAGAACCCCCCAGGAUAGCUGCUGCAGCAGAACAAUAUUUCCCAGGAAGUCCAGUGGCUGCUGCACCUGCUGCUGUUCCUCCUGCACUAACAGAGCCUACAGGGGAGACCAAAGCUACUGACACACCACAGGUUGAACCAACAGCGUCUGUUCCAGUGAUGAGAGACGUGUCUGUUCCUGUAGUGGAAGAGCUGAUGGUGUUUGAACCUUCUGUUGAGCAACACAAGUCCGCUCUUAAUGAACCUCCAACAGUAUCGUUUGCCCCAACUGUGGUAAUGGAACAAAAAAUGACGGUCCCACAAGCCUCUACUCCUGGUGCAGAUAGAAUUCCUGUGCUAGAGAAUGUGGAAGAGAAUAAACCAUCUCCCAGCAAACAUACAGAGCAUCUUCUGAAGCCAAAUGAAGAACUCCCAGAGCUGGCAGUGGAAGCAAAAGAACCAUUGACAUUAAUAGAAACUAAAGAAACCCUUCCAGAAAAAACAACUCCAGCUGCUGACCUGGCCAUAGUAGAGAAGCUGAAGGAAGAGGCUGAGCUUAGUCAUGCCCACCAUACAGAACCUCCACAAAAGAAAUCUCCACUGGAACCUACAGCAAAACCAGAAGAGAUAAAACCGGUGGAGCUUCUGACGGGAAGUGACAUCACAGCACCUCCAAACAAAGAGCUUCCUCCAAGCCCUGAGAAGAAGACCAAGCCUUCAGCAUCCACACCAUCAGCAAAACCUGCAGCAACGAAAACCAAGCCUAUGUCCACUACAAGCCCCAAGCGGCCAGCUUCUACCACACCUGGCCAAAACAAAAAACCCACCAGCCCUACUGCAGGUCCUACUUCAGCCACUACUCCUAAACGCCCAGCCACCAGUACUACACGUCCCUCCACUUUAACUCCUAAAGACACUAAACCAAAGGUAACAGAUGCGAAGAGCCCAGACAAACGGACCUCACUUUCAAAACCACUGUCUGCUACGACACCUCGAGCUGCUGUAAAGAGCAGCCCUGCCACGCCCAGGACAACUGCAGCGUCUCCAGUUACAACAGCCUCCGGUCUGAGAAACACUGCUACUUCCCCACCCAAAAGGCCAACAUCUAUCAAGACUGAAACAAAGCUUGCAGAUGCCAGGAAGACCACUGCGAAGUCACCAUCAGACCUGAGCCGCCCAAAGAGUGCGCCUGCAAACUCUGCAAAGAGCAGCGCCACUACCCCUACUGCUACAACCCCAGGUACUCCUGCCUCACCUGGAGUCGCCACCAGCCGCCCCAAACCCAAGCCAGCUGCAGCCAGACCCACCACAGCAUCGAGUGCAACUCCAGAAGCUAAAAAACCAUCAACAGUUAAAGCUCCACUUAAAACCAGCACUGUUCCCAAGCCGCCUCGCCCAACCAGCAGUGUUUCUGCCCCUGACCUGAAGAACAUAAGAUCCAAAAUUGGAUCAACAGAUAACAUUAAAUACCAACCUGGUGGAGGAAGGGUCCAGAUAGUCUCCAAAAAAGCGAACUACAGCCAUGUUCAGUCCAAGUGUGGUUCCAAGGACAAUAUUAAGCAUGUCCCUGGAGGUGGGAAUGUGCAGAUCCAGAGCAAGAAAGUUGACAUUUCCAAAGUGUCCUCAAAGUGUGGCUCUAAAACGAAUAUAAAACACAAGCCAGGGGGAGGAGAUGUCAAAAUCGAGAACCAGAAGCUGAACUUCAAGGAGAAGGCGCAGGCGAAAGUGGGCUCUCUGGACAAUGUCGGACACGUGCCAGCAGGAGGCACAGUGAAGAUUGAAUCCCACAAACUGACGUUCCGUGAGAAGGCCAAGGCUCGCACGGACCACGGAGUGGACAUCAUCGUCUCCAAAUCCCCCAACCUUUCCAGCAGCACUUCCCCCUGGUGUAGCACGUCCGUCAGCGAGAGCCUGGGCUCCAUCACCUCCUCGUCACCGCUGCAACAGCCAGCUCCCCAUGCAGACGACCUUUCUGCGGUGCUUUCUCUGCAAGGCUUGUGACUGUCCCCACCCGCCCCGCCUCCCGUGUGCUUCCCAGAGUAACUCAGCUUGGAUCCCUUAACCCGGCACUUGGCUUUAGGUGGGAAGGGGACAGC